AUGUCGCGCAACACAGAUCUCACUGAGAUAUUCUCUGACGAAUCAAGCUUCUAUGGCGACGAAUCCGAGCAAGCCCAACUAGAAGAAAAGGCAGCCACCUACGACGUCGAACCAUACUGGUCACAAUAUCACCCCAAGCUCCUUUCAACCAUCCAAAAUGACUUACGCGCACCUACACCAAACCCCCCAGAAUCCGACCCCGAUCAAGACGCCAGCAAGUCAGGCCGACUCCCUAGCAACAAACGUGGCGCAAACGAAUCCACCAACAGCUUCCUCUCCCAACUGCCCCCGUCAAAUACAGUGCUGUCACAUAAAGAGCCUUGGAUCUGGGCACGCGGAAAAGCAAACCUUUCCGCUACUCUGAAACUACGCGACGAGCCAACAUUCAUUAAAAAGGGUACCGAACUCCUCCGCGCUUUCGAAGAAACACUUUCUGAGCUACGCGCGGUGCAUGAUAAGUCUGGUGCUAAGACUACAGCUGCGUUGACGCGCAAACUUACAGCGCUUCGCCGUGAUCUGGAACAGAACAUUUUGGCACUGGCGCGCGAGACGGGCAUUACGGCUGGAAAGUGGAUGUUGUUUCCGUCGGCGCGGAAUGUCGAUGAGACAUGGAGGACUCUCGUUAUGGCUUUGGAUAGCGGUGAUGUCCGGGCGGAUGCUAAGGUUGCGGCGGAUGAUGGGUCUCAAACUGAUAAGAGUCGUUUGAUCUGUGUUUACACGGAGGAUUUUAGUGAUAAGAAAGAUGUGAAGAAGGUUUUGGGGAUGUUGGAGGGCGAGGGGCUGUAUGAUCCGAGGAAGGGGCCCAUUUAUUACAAGUGUGAUGCCUAUACGUUGCUUGAUAUCACGUCGAAGAAUGAGUAUGGGCUGAAGGCGAGUAUGUAUUCGAGUAAGGAUUUGAAGGCGUGA